ACACUCUUCCCACCCGCACCCAACACACUCCCACCAUGUCGGACAACAGCAAGACCUUCUCGAACGACCACGAGUUCGCCUCGGAGCAGGGCAAGAAGGGCGGCGCCACGCAGCCGGACGAGGUCUACAAGCCCUCGGAGCACGACGGCCUCAAGAAGAACGGCGAGCCCGACAAGCGCAUGUCGUCGGAGCACGGCUUUGGCGGCGACCGCGAGCGUGCGGCUGCUGAGGGCGCCAAGGGCGGCAAGUCCACCGGCAACACCGACGAGCAGUAAACGGGCUGUUUCUUAGCAGUUGUCCAUACCUAUCAAUCUCAGUAAAGAGCAAGAAGUGAACCUCUCUUUCAACUUGAGAAGGUCCGCGCGCCG